AUGUUGCCCUCACAUGCACAACGUCGCCAAGUGCAACAGCAAUCGAAUGCCUUCCCUACUCGGCAGUUGUUUGUCCUAGCUUUGUGCCGUAUAUGCGAGCCAAUUGCUUUCAUGUCAAUCUUUCCUUAUGUCUAUUACAUGAUCUCAUCUUUCCACAUCACCAAUGACGAGAAACAAAUUGCUCUAUAUGCUGGCAUGGUCACAUCCGCCUUUGCUUUCGCCGAAUUCUCAACCGGAGUCAUGUGGGGUAGAUUGAGCGACAAGGUUGGACGCAAACCUAUCCUCCUGACGGGACUGGCGGGCACUGGCAUCAGUAUGAUCGUUUUUGGGUUCUCUCCUAACUUGACCACGGCUCUGAUUGCUCGUGCUUUGGGAGGUCUUCUCAACGGGAAUAUUGGUGUCUUGCAAACGACGGUCGCAGAGGUAGUCACUGUCGAAGCACACCAAGCACGUGCAUAUUCGAUCAUGCCAUUCAUCUGGUGCCUUGGGUCAAUCAUUGGCUCUGGCUUAGGAGGCACUCUUGCUGACCCUGUGCGCAACUACCCCGGUUACUUCGAGCACGGUUCGUUGUUUGAGAAAUUCCCGUACCUACUUCCGAACUUGGUUUGCGCAGGAGUCGUCAUCUUCGGAAUGCUGGUAGGCAUCCUUUUCCUCGAGGAGACUCAUGAAGAUCUCAAGGAUCGCAGAGACUAUGGCCUCGACAUCGGUGAUUGGAUUCUGGACUUUUUCCGCCCAAAUCAGCUUCACGAGAAGGCUGGCGAGACGCUAGCUCUGUUCGAAGAUGCUGCGCCUGGCUAUUCCUCGAGCCAAUUAUCUCCAGUCGUUAAUCCAGUCCUGGUUGGAGAGCUGCCAAACGAAGCUCAGCCUGUAUCAUCCCAAUCCACAUGCUCUCGUCGUGAUGACGCGGCUGUCGCAAAGGCUUUCACGUGGCAAGUCUGUCUCAAUAUCGUUGGAUAUGGCAUUCUUGCGUAUCACACGAUAUCUGCUGAGCAAUUACUCCCUGUACUUUUCAGUUUGCCCGAGUCCAAAGAAGCGCCGCAUCUGCCUUUCCAAUUCUCUGGUGGCUUCGCCUUGCCCACCAAGGUCAUUGGCUUCAUCCUCUCCGCCCAAGGCUUCAUCCAGAUGUUUGCCACGCUCUUCGUAUUCCCGUUCGUCAAUCGCAAGAUUGGAAGUCUGGCUACAUUCCGACUCGUCAUUCUCUCGUACCCGAUCCUAUACUUGAUGGUUCCUUAUCUUACGCUCGUUCCGACAGCCCUGCGUAUGCCCUGUAUCUAUUUCGUGCUGGUCUGGAAGGUUACAGCACAAGCCCUCUCUUACCCGUCUCUGGCCAUCAUGUUGGCCAAUGCAGCCCCAUCGAAGAAGGUCCUGGGCACUCUCAAUGGCGUGGCAGCAUCGUCGGCAAGCUUGUGCAGAGCAUUCGGGCCCACACUUUCCGGCUUGGCCCAAUCUUUAGGUCUUUCCGUGGGCGUAUUAGGUCUCCCCUGGUGGGUAAACAGCUUCGUUGCAAUCAUCGGCGCCAUUCUCAGCUUGCGUAUGGUGGAGGAAAAGCGCCGAUACUCGAAAGCAGAGGAGGCCAAUCUGGACUCGGAAGCCCUCCCAUUCCUGGACGCAGACGUACGAGUGAGCUCCGAUGAAGAAUCAUGCCAAUGA